AUGUUCUCCAAACUUGUGGCCUUGGUUUUCGCCCUCGUGGCAAGUAAACAUGCUCGUGGCGCGUACAACAACGCCUGCAACAAUAAUGUAGUUGCUUAUUGGGGGCAAAAUAGCUUUGGAGCGGUCGACAGCAACCAAGCCGGCUGGCAAAAACCGAUUAGCUAUUACUGUCAAGACGAUUCUGUUGAUGUACUCCCUAUCGCGUUCGUCAACCAAUUCUUUGGCACGGGUGGUCUCCCCGCUCUCAACUUGGCCAACACUUGUAAUCCUACCGACCAAGGUGUCUUCCCUGGGACCGGGCUUGCCAACUGCCAAUUCUUGGCUAGUGAAAUCUCCGCGUGCCAGGCCAAAGGGAAACUCGUGACCUUGAGUCUCGGUGGCGCUGGUGGUGCCUAUGGCUUCCAAAGCGACGCUGAAGGUGUUGCUUUUGCGAACACGGUAUGGAACUUGUUCUUGGGAGGAUCUUCGUCCACGAGGCCAUUUGGUUCAGCCGUACUCGAUGGAGUUGAUCUAGAUAUCGAAGCCGGAACAGGGACAGGUUAUGUUGCCUUUGUCAACCAGCUCCGCAGCAAAUUCAACGGUGCCAGCAAAAAGUACUAUAUCACUGCUGCCCCUCAAUGUGUUUACCCCGAUUCUGCUCUCGGCUCAGUGCUCAAUAAUGCCUUCUUCGACGCAGUAUAUGUUCAAUUCUAUAAUAACCCAUGUGGUUUGCAGACAUAUGGGAACGCUGCCAACUGGAACUACGGUAACUGGGACUACUGGGCGCCACAGAGAGCAGCAGGAAGUGGAUACGUCGAUGCUGCGACCUUACAAAAGAUUUCCCUUGAGACCCGCUCCAAUUUCCCCAGCUUUGGAGGCGUUAUGUUCUGGGACGCGUCUCAAGCAUAUAACAACAACCGCUUUGAUAAAGCAGUUAAAUCAUUCUUGGAAGCACUUGCGGAACAACAUUCAAUUAUCCGGCAUGCGAUGCCCCGACCUGGACCGCUAGUGGCCAAUACCCAGCCGGCUCUAAGGCAAGUAGCAUGUUACGUCUGGCAAGCCAAGUGGUAUGCGUCUGGUGCCCCAACAAACGAUGCUUCGGGAACAUGGGACCCAGUGAAAGCCUGUGGAGGAGCAACCACCCAGCCUCCAACUACCACCACUACCACCACUUCUCGACCAAUCACAACUCCUCCUGUCACCACCACCACUACCACCUCGACACCUCCCACUACUACACCCCCCACUACCGGUAGCUGCGCUGGCCUCGCCGCCUGGAGUAGUGGAAUCGCAUAUACGGCUGGCAAUGUUGUUACAUAUGGAGGCCAUCGCUGGACGGCUAAAUGGUGGAACCAGGCUGAGACCCCAGGAGGCGCCUCCGGUGCUUGGACAGACAGUGGGGCGUGCACGGCUCCAGAAUUUUUAGGUUCUAGAUUACAUGUCCUGGUUAUUGGUAUAUGGGACUAUGCAUGGGUCGAACGAUCCGCAUACCGCUACUUUCGGGAAAUGUCAUUGGUAGUGCAGUCUCGCGAGGAAAUCGAAGGAGGACUCGCACGCAAUAGCGGCUUUGUCAUUAAACCCAAAAGAGUUACAGGCACAUUUGCUGAAAAACUAGGUAUCUUAUCUUGGGAUCCCGGACGCGUGGGUCCAGAGCUGGCAGGUCAAGUCGUCUUCGUUGGAAUAUACGAUGGUCAUGGAGGCCCCAGCGUAUCCCAAUUCCUUCAACAGGAACUCCAUGGCUUGUUUGAAUCAGUGCAACCCGAGUUAGCUCCCGAUGCCAUUUCAUGGAUGAAGAGUCAAGGUGGUAUUGUAAUGUGGAUCCUAUACCUACUGAAUGGCGACUCACCAUUGGUAAGGGGCUACUUUAAGCGGUUCAAAGGAGGCGCACUCGAGCGUUGGGCCGAAAGGGGUGCCAAAUCUCCCACAUUUGGUUUGGAAGCACGCUGCACUCUGGCAUUUCUCGAAGCGGACAAACGCAUAUCGGAAAUUCCCGAAUCUGAGAAGUGUGGGGCAACAUCGUCAGUCGUGUUACUUCACUCGCUCGAGGUUCCAGCCAGCCCUUUCUUUUCUUCUCACUUAUUAUCUCUUACGGUGGCCCACUGUGGGGAUACGCGAGUUCUGCUUUGCACGACGGAGGGUGGCUCUGCAUACCCAUUACGGAAACGCACCACGCCGAUGCACGUGGAGAAGCUGCAAGGCUACGCAGGUUGGGCGCAGGUUUGGUCACAGACUCGUUUGGGGAGGCCCGCCAAUACCCGGGGGUUAGGAGACUUUCGAUAUAAAGCUUUUGGGGUGACACCGGAGCCUGAAAUCACCUCAAAACUCCUGAAUGGGGAACAGUAUGCAUUCGCUGUCCUAGUUUCUGAUGGAAUCACAUCUACCUUAUCCGAUGCGGAAAUUGUUGAUGUUGCCCGGGGCGCACCGGACCCCCAAAAGGCGGCAAAAGCUAUCGUCAGUUUAGCCGAGGAGUUGGGAAGUGAAGACAACGCCACCGCAUUGGUCGUUCCUCUUGCAGGUUGGGGCAAGACAACGGGUAUCGACAAAACGCUGGAGCUUAGAAACUAUCGUAAGAAGAUGAUGAUAGGGAGCGAAAGACAACGACGGACAUAA